UACGACAGAAAUGGAAAACUACAUAAUCGAAACAUCAAAUACAGUAGAAGAAUGGAACAGUAAACUAGCCAGGAUCCUAAUUCCCAAUAAUGUGAUCCUGUCUCUGUAUAUGAUUGCAGGAUUGGUAGGAAAUUCUGCCGUGAUUUUCAUUUACGGAUUUAAGAUGAAAGGCAACAAAAUAAAGGGAAACAAAGAAGAAAGAUAUUUCAUUCCAUUUCUUGCCACUGCUGAUCUUUGUGCCACACUCGUUUGUGCUUCAUUUGGAAUCGCUCAAAAUAUAAUGCAGGCGACAUUUGAUAAUGAACCUUUGUGUAAAACUUGGUGGUUUUUUGCUGGCUUCACCACGUUAAUAUCAGUAUUUUUCCUUGUAGUCAUUGCUGUACACAGAUACCUAAAGGACUGCAAACCUCUAGGAAAACAAAUGACAUUGAGGUGGAAAUGGUUCGCCUUGGGUUUGUGUCUAGUAAUUGCAUUCCCAUUAGCUGGACCCAUGACCCAUUUUUAUGGAUCAGAAUCUUUCCUUAACGAAGAAAUGAAGAUCUACGGACGCCGAUGUGGCAGAUUGAGUACCACAAACAAAACGAGUUCUUUGAUAUUCGGAGGUACUCUUGUUCUCACAGCGAUCACAAUUAUUAUUGUGUUAAUUUGUCUAUAUUCCAAAGUAGGAUACACUAUUUUUGUACAUUUUAAGUAUACGAAGGUUGUUGGAAAUCACAAUAAAACAGAACAUUCUCGGGGUGGGGUCUCCAGUGGGGACGACCCCUACAGUAAAUCUGAAAUGAGUUCCUUUGAGACUCUCGAGACACCCACUGCCGGAAUGUCCUCUGUGUACUUCACUCAGACUACCACGCAACAAACGGAGACACCAGUUAAUAUAGAAGUGAGAGAAAAACAUGUUCCAAAACAGUCAAGUAGAAAGCGGAGAAGAAAUAAGAGAAUUGUUCAUAAAUUUACAUUGAUGUUCAUGCUGAUUACGGUCAUAUUUCUUAUUUGCUAUAUCCCUAAAGUUAUUAUCAUGCUUCUGGAGGCGAGUAACACAAAGUUUUGGGAGGGAUUUUCUGAAGCUGGCAGAUCUGCAGUGUCUUUUGUUUACAGGAUUUACAUACUAAACAAUGUCACAAAUCCAUUUAUAUAUGCCUUUUUAGACAAGAAAUUUUCAGAGCAAAUUAAAAAGUUGAUUAAAUCUUGUACUUGUAAGUAAGCGCAGUUCAGUCAAU